UCAACAUCAACUUCAGCAUCCACGUUCACCGUUUUGUUGAGUUAAAUCCCGACGACGUGCAGCAACUACUCGCGACCGCCCUGUCUGGCCUGGCCGCCCGACUAUCCCCGCAGCCGCCCUAUAUCAUUCGUCUUCAUCUACACGUCCGCAUCAUCAAGCGUGCAAUAACAGACCGCGAGCGACUCAUUAAUGUGUUGCGAUGACUUCUUGUGAAUAACCCGCACAGAAUCCAGAGACCGCCAGAAACGCCUGGUGCGGGGAUCUUUACCCCAGAUGGUCCACCCAUGACCCUUCCAGAACUACGCCAUCAUGGCAAGCUCACACAAUUUCCUGCAUUUCCGCCGUUUCGCCCCCCUCCUCGUGUGAGAGUACACAGUAGGGAUGGGAUAUGGCAUUGGUUUGUUAUUGUGCCUAGCGCCAAGAGCCUCAUCGAUGGCUGUUCACCGUUCGCAACUUUCUCCUCCCGCAGGGUCGAAAGGAUCGUAAUGCAGUUGCAUCUCCUCUACUUGUUCAUUUUCUCCUGUAACGAGCAUUCAAAGCCGUGUUGCUUCGGCCUUGGCCCGGCGCUUUCAAGGCGCGCGUUAUGCCUCAAUGGACUCGUCCUCCCUUUCCCUCCGUCCACGACGUGCAACAAUCCAUCAAAGACGGUUCCAAUAGAAAAGCGACUUAUCACUUGGCGUCUCGGCCUGUGGUCGUCACUACGAUCUUCAGGGAUCGACAGCGCGCGCAGAGCCUUCAAGACGACGUAUGUUUGAACACAGACGAGUCCUUGCAGAAUACCAUACACUGCAAUGGACCGCACUGUAUCGUAUCGUACCGUUCCAAACCUCAAGAGUAGAGUCGAGUCGCCCAGAAUAACCUUUGUCUAGCUGCCGACAGCUCUGUGCUUCCUCCAUUUCUGCAACCUUGUUACGACAGGAAUUGUCCCC